AUGUCAUUCCAAAAAAGCGCCUGCAAUUUUCAUCUCGAUGCCCAACCCGGAGCAACCUCUUUAGUUGCGACGUGCAACAAUGAUGAGGGAAGUGGGCUAGAAAAUGCUCUAGUUCUAGAUGACUAUCUGGGAAAUGAGGACGGCCACUUAACCUGGGGCGGGCAAGGGUUCAGCAAGAAAGCUCGAAAAAUGAGUAUCUCUUCUGAUGGACCUGAUCAUGACCCUGUCCUCCACGUCGACCUUGCUGGUCCAGAUGGAAAAUAUAUACAGAGUGAAAUUGACCUGGCAGAGCAUAUUGCAAAUAUCGAUGGGGAAUUGGUGGUUUUGCCUCUGUGA